UCCUGUGAAAGAGCACGCGCUCUUCUCAACAAUGUCGACCACCAAAACACAGCAGCCGCGCCGCGCGCCUCGAUCCGUCACAGCGCGAGCACAACCGAGCAAAUGAAAGCGAAAUCUCAUCGCGGUGCGACCAGGAACGUUUAGAGCGGGACAUGGCUGCUCAAGAACCCUCCCCCCCGUCCUCCAUGGAGAACAACAAGCCAGGGUUCCCAAAGAAGAUCCUGGCCAACAAACUUGAAGACAAACAUUUAUGCAACUGCUGUCAGAACAUUUUGAGAAGGCCGUUCCAAGCUCAGUGCGGUCAUCGCUUUUGUUCUUACUGCUUCAACCGGACUGUUGGAUCUGGACCACAGAAAUGUAAUGCCUGUAUCAAGGAGGACAUCUUCGAAGAGCCCACGUCAAUUCUCAAACAAGGCUGCGCGUUUCCCGACAAUGCUGCCAGAAGAGAAGUUGAAAAUCUUCCAGCUGUGUGUAUCAACGAGGGCUGCGCCUGGAAAGGCAGUAUUAGAGAUUAUGAGUUGAGCCAUGAGGGGAAGUGUGAGUUCAUGAUUCUGUCCUGUCCCUUGUGCAAGGAGCUCAUUAGAUUUAACGAACAGGAACGUCAUAAUGAGCGCGUGUGUCCUGAGAGAACGCUCAACUGCAAAUACUGUAAAGAACCAUUUCACUUCAAAAACAUCAAGGCCCAUGAUGAGAUCUGUCCCAAAUAUCCUAUGAUUUGUGAAGGAUGCGCGAAGAAGAAAAUCCCCAGGGAAAAGUAUGUUGACCACAUCAAGUUCUGCAGCAAAUUCAGGACUCCGUGCAGAUAUCAUGUGGUUGGCUGUGACAUGUCAGUGGAGAAGGAGAAGAUCCACGAUCACGAGCGUGCCUGUGCUCACGAACAUCUAAACCUGCUGUUGCACUACAUCAUGGGCAUGAAGGUCAGUCUGGAGGGCCUGCAGCCACAAAGUCUGGAGCUGGCGGGUCACAAAGCUCACGAGCUUCACCAGGCGCUCCGAGACCUGGAAGCCAGAGUGAGUCAGCUGAGCGCCAUCCCCGUGCAGGGGGUUCCCUCCUCUUCGUCCUCCUCCUCGUCCUCCUCCGCGUGUGCCGUCGCUCCUCCUCCUCCUCUGCCCACGUCCUUCACGCCUCUGCCCAGCUCGGUCGGCGCCGCCCUGGAACUGCAACUCCACAGCGAGAAGACCAAGGUGGCAGAUCUGGGCCGGCGCUGCCAGGACCUGGAGGUGAAGGCGGGGACGUUUGAAGAUGUGGUGUGUGUGCUGAAUCGAGAAGUAGAGCGCUUCGCCACCACCAUGGAGGCCAGCAACCGACAACACAGACUCGAUCAGGACAAAAUCGAGGCUCUUAGCAACAAGGUUCGUCAGCUGGAACGGCAGGUGGGUGUUAAAGACCUGACUGUUGCUGAAAUGGAGGGCAGACUACGGGAGAUGUCCGCAACCACGUUUGAUGGCGUCUUCAUCUGGCGGAUUUCAGAUAUUACUAAAAAGAGACAAGAUGCCAUUGCUGGACGGGCGCCUGCCAUGUUUUCACCUGCAUUUUACACAAGCAAGUAUGGCUAUAAGAUGUGCCUGCGCAUUUACCUGAACGGGGAUGGGACGGGUCGUGGGACUCACCUCUCGCUGUUUUUUGUGGUCAUGAGAGGAAUGAGCGACGCGCUGCUCAAAUGGCCCUUCAACCAGAAGGUCACACUGAUGCUGCUGGACCAGAGUAACCGAGAGCACAUCAUCGAUGCGUUCCGUCCCGACAUCACUUCCUCCUCAUUCCAGAGGCCCGUAAGCGAGAUGAACAUCGCCAGCGGCUGCCCGCUUUUCUGUCCGCUGUCCAAGCUGGAGGGCAAGAACUCGUACAUACGGGACGACACCAUCUUCAUCAAAGCCAUCGUGGACCUCACGGGCCUUUAG